UCUCCCCCAUUCCGCAAGCGAGCCGAGGACAGCUGUUCUAUGUCCAUUCAUCCCUGCAACAUCAUCGUCCGGCGAAACUCCAUAUUUUCCGGCAAACUUAAACGAUUAGAAACGACCCCAAAACCCCAAUUUUUCUCCACAAUCCCACAACAAUCUCAUCACAACAUCCUCCCACUCUGCUCCUCUACAGAAUCACUCGCACAAACCAAGCAAUCCCACGCCAUUGCACUUCUCAGUGGCUACCUCCCACAUAGCAUUUCCAUUUCCGCUUCUCUUAUCCUCCAAUACGCCACCUUCGGAGACCCAUCAACGUCACGACUUCUGUUUUACCAAUCACUUUCCUACUCUCGCUCUGCGUUCUUGUGGAACACGAUGACGCGAGCUUACAGCAGUGCUGGUGUUUACGAUGGGUUUCUAAUUUAUAAUCUGAUGAUCCGUAGUGGUGUUAGACCCGAUGAUCAUACUUUCCCUUUUGUUUUGAAAGUUUGUUCGGAUUAUCACGAGGUCUGGAAGGGACAAGAGGUUCAUGGAUUGAUUUUCAAAUCGGGUUUUGAUUCGGAUGUGUUUGUGGGCAACACCCUUUUGAGGUUUUAUGGAGAAUGCAGCGGUACAAGUGAUGCACAGAAAGUGUUCGAUGAAAUGUCUGAGAGAGACAUUGUGUCAUAUAACACACUAAUCUCAGUAUGUUCCAUAUUGUUUUGUUAUGAUAAGGCAAUCGGAUUGUUUAGGGACAUGAGAUCGAGAUCGAACUGUUUUGGGGUUAACCCGAAUGCCGUUACGAUCGUGAGCUUGUUGCCCGUUUGUGCAGCCAUUAACGACUACAUGUUUACAAGCGAGUUACAUAGUUAUGUUGUCAAGAUGGGGUUCGGUUCUCACAUUACAAUCAACAAUGCUUUCAUCGAUGCAUAUGGGAAAUGUGCCGAUUUCAAAGCUUGUAAGCAAGUUUUCGAUGAAAUGGUGGAUCGAAAUGAUGUUUCUUGGAAUUCUAUCAUCACAAGCUUUGCUUCCAUGAAUCGUCAACAAGAAGCUGCCGAGUUCUUCAGAUUCAUGAUCGAUAAAGGUAUCGUACCAAACUCUGUUGCAAUCUCUAGUAUGCUACCGAUUUUAGUCGAUCUUGAAUAUCUUCAAAUGGGAUUAGAGCUUCACGGUUUUAGUAUCAGAACGGGUAUCGAAUCCGAUAUAUUCGUAGCCAAUUCUUUACUUGAUAUGUAUGCUAAAUCGGGAUAUCCGAUUAAGGCAUUAAAUGUGUUCAACAAGAUUGAUCCAAAAAAUAUCGUUUCUUGGAAUGCAUUGAUCGCUAGUUACGCUCAAAAUGGCUUUGAAUCGUUAGCAUUACGUGUGGUUAUCGAAAUGCAAGAUCAUGGUCAAGUUCCGGGACCAAUAACGUUAACAAACGUUCUUCCUGCUUGUGCACGAAUCGGGUAUUUUUUAUCUGGAAAACAGGUACAUGCGAGAUCAAUCCGAUGUGGAUUUGCUUUUCAAUUAUUCAUCUCUAAUGCCCUUAUCGAUAUGUAUGCAAAAUGUGGACGUCUAGAUCUUGCACGUAAUGUUUUCGAGAUUUCUUGUAAAGAUCAAAUUUCAUACAACACGCUUAUAUCGGCUUAUUCUCAUACAACCACUUCUUUCGAGUCACUAGUUCUCUUUCAAGAACUCGACUCGAAAGAAGGGCUAGAACCCGACACUAUCUCCUUUUCUGGUGCACUUUCGGCUUGUGCGAAUAUGGCAGAAAUCAAGAAAGGUAAAGAGAUUCACGGAGUUUGCGUUAGAAAUCUAUACAGCACGCAUCUCAUCGUUUCAAAUUCAAUCUUGGAUCUUUACACCAAAUCCGGAAAUCUCGUUCUCGCUAAGAAAGUAUUUGAUUCCAUACCCGUGAAAGACGUGGCCUCAUGGAACACAAUGAUUAUGGGGUAUGGAAUCUUCGGCGAAAUCGAUGCCGCAAUCGAUCUUUUCGAAGCUAUGAGAGCCGAUAAUCGUGUGAAAUAUGAUUCGAUUACUUACAUAGCUGUUUUAUCCAUCUGUAGCCAUGGAGGAUUAGUCGAAACAGGACGGAAAUACUUCAAAGAGAUGAAAGAACAAAAGAUCGAACCGUCACAGACCCAUUAUGCAUGUAUGGUUGAUCUUUUUGGUCGAGCGGGGCUAAUGGACGAGGCUGUAGAGAUGAUCAACGGGUUGCCGGUGGAACCUGGUGCGAACGUUUGGGGUUCGUUGCUUGGAGCUUGUCGAAUUCAUGGGAAUAUUGAGUUGGGUCACUGGGCUGCUGACCAUCUUUUUAAGCUAAAACCAUAUCAUUCAGGGUAUUACACAUUGCUUUCUAAUAUGUAUGCAGAAGUAGGGAAGUGGUAUGAAGUUGAUAAGAUUAGAGAGUUGAUGAAGGUAAGGGGAGUGAAGAAGAACCCUGGUUUUAGUUGGGCUCAAGCUGCACAGACUGGGUAAGCGUUUAUCAGGUAAAAAUAUGGUUUAGGUCAGUAUUAAUUAUUGAGGAUGCGUUUGGUACACUCGACAGGAGAUUAUAUAACAGAAAGGGUCUUUUCUUCUGUCUGAAUCGAUAUUAUUCCAUUC